AUGCUGCUCUGGGCUGCUGCCCCGCCCCGGGUCCACGCUUUCUGGACCGAGAUCCUGCGAGAUGACCGUCCGGCGCACUGGCUGCCUUGCUUCUUCACCAUUAAUAAAGCCAUCUUCUCCCCGCACCGGUGUUCCAGGAAGCUUCUGGUCGAGUACAAGUACCAACUAGGCCUGACGAACCCCCAUGAGCACGCGAAGCCCAUCAAGCGGCAUUUCAGGCUACUAUGGAGGGAAGAGGCGGAGCCGCUCGUGCAGCAAGCACGGAUCACGUCCACCACCACGCAGUCGGAGGAGAGCUGGAACACGUUCAAAACAUGGAUGUGGACAUGCCUCUCCAAUCACCGUCAAUGCUCGCCCAGCUCACUACAAAACCGCCAGCGACAGCUCCCCAAGAGGCUCAUUGAAGUUGACGAGGGAAACACAGUCCGGCUUCGGACGGUCGAGAGCAUCGGGGACGCGCAUGCGAUCGAGUACCUCGCGCUCAGCCACUGCUGGGGGAGUCAAGGCCCACGGGUCAUUCUCACCGCCCAAUCCGCGGCCCGUUUGUUCGGAGGGGUGGAAGUCGGCACGCUGUGCAAAACGUUCCAGGACGCCGUGACCGUGACCAAGAGGUUCUGGGACGAGUUCGCGGUGCGCUAUCUGUGGAUCGACUCGCUCUGCAUCAUCCAGGACUCGGCCGAGGAUUGGAGGCACGAAUCGGCCAACAUGGGCGACAUCUACCAGAAUGCAUUCUGCACGCUCGCCGCCACGGCGGCCGCGGACGGGAGCCGUGGAUUCUUUUCCCACCGCGAUGCUCGCGUGGUCAGCCCCUGCGCCAUUCCCGUGGUGCCCAAAGGCGGAGAUGGUGGUGAGAAAAGGUCCAUCUACUACUGCGUGGACCACGAGGACUGGGCCAAGAACGUCUCCCAAGGCCCCUUGAAUGGCCGGUCGUGGGUGUUGCAGGAGCGCUUGCUCUCGCCCCGCGUGCUACAUUUCGGCGCUGACCAGCUGUACUGGGAGUGCUCGGGGCUCGAGGCGUCCGAGGCCUUCCCCGCGGGAUUCGCAGACGGCAUGGGGGAACAGUUCAAGCAACUGCUGCCGUUCUCGGGUCUGCCUGCGAGCGUGAGGUCGCCGUCGCCGUCGCCGUCGCCGUCGCGAGGGCGCUUGUGGCCCAACAGAAGUGGCAGUGGCAACCUUCGCGGCCCGUACGGCAUCUGGGACCAGGUCAUGGAGACCUACUCGGCGGGCAAACUCAGCCGGCGCACCGACCGGCUGGUCGCGCUGUCCGGGAUCGCGCGCAAACUGCAGCGCCGCCUGAUCCCGCACGACAUGUACCUCGCCGGCCUGUGGAAGCAGGACCUGCCCUUCGAACUGCUCUGGGAUGUCAGGGAGGUUCCUUCUUCUCCUCCCUCUCCUCCUUCCCCUCGUUCUUAUCCUCGUUCUUCUCCUCACAAGCCCGACGCCAGCAUCCGCGUGAGCGAGGUUGGAGGCGAAGGUGAUCACGACAACCCAUACGUCGCGCCGAGCUGGUCGUGGGCGUCCCGCGCGGCGACGGUGCCGUGCGAGACCGAGCCGUGGGCCUCGGCGAGCGUGCUGGUCGACGUGAACGGCGCGACGGUCGUGCCAGUCGAUCAGAGCGACCACAUGGGCCAAGUCCGAGCUGGUCACCUGCGGCUCACGGGCGUGCUGGCGCGCGCCUCGCUGUCCCGCGUCCACCAGCCCGGCUCGCCGACCCCGGGCCUCGCUCUCAAACUCAAAGGCGAUGGCGACCGGAGCACCAUUAUCCCCUCGGCCAUCUGUCGGCUGGACGACGGGCUCAGUCCUGCAACCCAGCUCCCCGGCGUCCUCUACUGCCUGCCCAUCCUGCGCGGCGAGCGCAACCGCGUCCCCCGGUACAGAGGCCUGCUGCUCGUCCCGUCGCCGUCGCAGUCGCCGGCACCGUCGGGCCGCGAGGGACAGUUCCAGUUCCGACGCUACGGCACCUUCACCGCCGAUUCCUUUGGCGACGAGUUCCUGGUUUCGUCGUGUGUGCCGUCGUGGCCGCUUGAGGCCGGUGAUUUACGCCCUGAAAAUCGGCGCUGUGAGUUUACGAUUGUAUGA